UUCAACAUUUGUUAUCCUUUGGCUCUCUCUUUCAUGAGAAAGUUCCAUAAGUCCUACAGCAAAAAAUGGCCUCUCUUGAAUUGAAUCUCAAACCCUAAUUAGAUUUGCUCUGCACGAUUCUGAUUGUGAUUGUGAUGUUGUUCUUUAUUAAUAUCUUCAACCUGCAAGGCUUUGAAUAAGUCUGUAAAUAUUCAUACUUUAUUUUGAUUUUUUCAGCAGAAACCCAAAAAAAAAAAUAGUAUUUUUUUUGUUUGAAACAAGACAUUAUAAAGUUGGAGUCGCCGGCAAGUGAUGACAGCCGGAGGCUGUUUGGAUAUUCCAACAAUGUUGUUCGGUCGUAAAUCAUCGAGCAAGUUACAGCCAGUAAAAGGUCAAUCAUCAUCGCCUAAAGUUAGCAAGAUUAGCAAACAGGAUGUUAAACCUUCUUCGUCACCUAAACCUUCAUCUUCACCAAUAUUAAUUAGAUCAUCUAAGUCGAUAUUAUCCUCGAGCAGCCUAGCAUCAUCAAGACGUGUUUCUUCGAGUUCAUCGCCUUUAAACAUCGUCAAGAAUGCUUCUAUCAAAGAAGCUAAGAGCCCCAAGACGAGCAGCUCGCCUAAAUGGACAGGAAACUUUAUUCUUAUGGUCGAGCUUCGCAGGAAGAUCUUUACCUUUCGAGACAUCAUUGAUCUUCCUCCUCUCGACGGUUCUCCCUCCAUAACCGAUAUGGUGAUGCAUACAAUGAAAGAUCUCAAGAAUUUAUGUCCUGAGAUCAUCCACAGCUCACAUAUCUCGGAGAUUAGACGCGCAAAUGUGGAUAAGGUUCUUGAUCAUUUCUUUAAUGCUUUGAAAUCCAUUGGAGAUUCAUGGAUCGAUAACCCUGAAUGGAUAGCUAAAUCCAAGUACUGGAGUAGCAGCGUUGGGAAGAAUCAAUCUGAUCGACUAGUGGAAAAGGUAUUAGCAGCAUUACAUGGACUGAUCAAGAUGUCUAAAGAGAGGUUUGAUAUGAUGGAGAUUGACGAAGAAGAAGAGAAGAAAGAGGUCGUUAGUCCACGGACGGCUAAAACAUCGAGCAGUCGAGUUUUAUCUCCGUCUGAAUCAUUCUCCGAUAGCAGAAGCUCGUUUUGCGGGUCGCCGAGCACGCCAAGAUCAGUUCUUCCAGAACCUAUGAUGGGUUCGCCGGGCAGAACCGGAGACUUUGCAAACUCUGCAUCAUCUCUACUGUGGAACAUGAGAGUUCAAGCUCUCGAGAAGCUUAGUCCUAUCGAUGUUAAGAGGCUCGCUAUUCACAUAUUGUCACAGAAAGAAGCUCAGGAAGUACCAAACCAAAGCAACGGAGAAGAUGAGGUCAAUGCUGUUGAAGAGAUCAAGCAGGAGAAGAAUGAAAUAGAGAGCGUUGAUGUGAAGAUGGAGACAGAAGAAGAACCUGUUGUUCUUGAUGAGCAAGAAGAUACUAUCAUGCAAAUCUCUUCAUUGGAUUCAGAUGCUGAAUCCAAGCUCAAUGUUUCAGAGAAACUAGAGAUUGCGCCGGAAUCUUUGUCACCACCUCCUCCUCCUCCUCCUCUAUCCACAACAAAAGUUGCGUCUCUAGCUUCUCAACCGCCGCCACCUCCUCCUCCUCCGUCACCACCGCUGAUUUCAAAGACUGAUGUGGUGGCCGUUUCAUCACUUUCACCUCCUCAACCACCACCUCCACCACCGUUUAUAAAAGGCUCUGUUACACCACCACCGCCUCCUCCACCUCCAGGAACUGCAGCAGCCCCACCACCACCGCCUCCACCUCCAAGAAAUGCAGUGGCGCCACCACCACCACCGCCUCCACCUCCAACAAAUGCAGUGGCGCCACCACCGCCUCCUCCACUUCCAGGGACUACGGCGGCUCCACCACCGCCUCCUCCACCUCCAAGGACUACGGCGGCGCCACCACCGCCUCCUCCUAUCAUGCAAAACAGAGCCCCACCACCACCGCCAAUGCCUAUGAGAAAUGGUGCAGGCGGUGGACCUCCGCCUCCACCACCUCCUAUGCCACUAGCAAACGGAGCAGCACCGCCUCCGCCACCACCCCCUAUGGCAAACGGAGCAGCACCGCCUCCGCCACCACCCCCUAUGGCAAACGGAGCAGCACCGCCACCUCCACCACCUCGAAUGGGUAUGGCAAACGGAGCGGCUGCUCCACCACCACCUCCAGGAGCAGCAAGAAGCUUGCGACCCAAGAAAGCAGCUACAAAACUGAAAAGGUCAACCCAACUAGGGAACCUUUACAGAAUCCUUAAAGGAAAAGUAGAAGGACGUGAUCCACAGGCGAGAACCGGCGGCGGAGGCGGAAGAAAAGCAGGAGUGGGAAGCGCUCCCGCCGGUGGAAAGCAAGGAAUGGCUGAUGCUCUUGCUGAGAUCACAAAGAAGUCUGCAUAUUUCCUGCAAAUUCAAGAAGAUGUUGCAAAAUACAUGAAAUCAAUCAAUGAGCUGAAGAUUGAGAUCACUAAGUUCCAGACUAAAGAUAUGGCUGAGCUUCUUAGCUUCCAUGGCCGUGUCGAAUCAGUUCUUGAAAAGCUAACAGAUGAGACACAGGUUCUUGCGCGAUGCGAAGGGUUUCCACAGAAGAAACUCGAAGCAAUAAGAAUGGCGGCUGCAUUGUACUCGAAGCUGCACGGUAUGAUCACUGAGCUGCAGAACUGGAAGAUAGAACCUCCUUUGAAUCAGCUUCUUGAUAAAGUAGAACGUUACUUCACAAAGGAAAAGAGAGAUGAGAAGCUUGUGUCACCUGAUGCGAAGCCGAGCCUGAAGAAGACAGUAGGAUGUGCUAAAAUUCUUUGGAGGGCAUUUCAGUUUGCAUUUAAAGUCUACACAUUUGCUGGAGGACACGACGAUCGAGCUGAUUCUUUAACCAAAGAGCUGGCUCAUGAGAUCCAAACUGAUACUCAGAACCCAUGAUGAGUCCAUCAUUCAAGAUCAUCACAAACUACUACUACUCCUUUUUUUGCCUUUUUCAACAUCUCAAAAUGUUCUAUAUAGAACAACAAAAGAGUAUAUGUAUAUGUAUAAGAUUUAACCUGUUGUUUUGACUUUUGAGUUUGUAAUUUUGAAGGGUCCCCAAAAAAAAUUAGGAUUUAGAGGUUUCAUGGGAGCUCCGAGAUACAGAGUCUUUUUUGGGUGGAAAGGCUUUAAAAACCUUUUGAGUCAAGCAAGACCUUUGUGUUGCCACAAUAUGUAAUAUUUUUUUCUGAAAUAUGUAAUAUUGUUUUGUUGUUAUAAACUUUCUUUCUUUGCUUUUAUUAGUUG